UUCCCCUGAUUUCCUGCUGAAAUUUGGAAAAUCAGUUGGUUUCUUGCUUGGAGUUAAAACAAAUUACAAAGGGGUUCUUGUUUUUAUCAGCUAAGCUCACUUUUCUGAAUUUUGAUUCCAGAGAUAUUUCUGUAACUGAAGAAUUUUGUGAUUAGGGUUUAGUUUAUAGUGCAAGAAAAUUGUCUGAGUUUGAAUUUGAAACAGAUAAUCCCAAAAUUCUGGGCCUAUAUUUCUGGGUAGUACGAGGAUUCGCUGCAUCCAGAGAUGUCUGGUUCCGAGGCCGGAGGGGUAAUGGCCAGCAGCAGAGGAGGGGAGCCUUUCACGCAGAACAUGCGUCUCACCUUCAGCGCCGACGGCGCAGCGCUCUACAAGCCCGUGGCUGUGUCGGGAGCCGCUUCUCCUCCCUAUCAGGCCCCCUCUGCCACCGGAAACGGGGGCAGUGCCGAGGGCCCUGCCAGUGGCGGGCCUCCGCUCUUCGCCCACGGGCUUAACAUGAACAUGAGCAGCGGAGAGCCUGUGAAGAGGAAGAGAGGGAGGCCCAGGAAGUACGGGCCAGAUGGCACCAUGUCGUUGACCCUCACUCCGGGGACGAAGGGAAGCAGUGCACCUCAGAGCGCCGGAUUCCCUUCUCCGGCCGCCGCUGUGGCUGUUCCCACUGGCGGGUCAGUAUCGCCGAACUCCAUGAAGAAGUCCAGGGGCAGGCCUCCGGGUUUGGGCAGAAAAAAGCAACUUGAAGCUCUAGGAUCGGUUGGAAUUGGAUUUACACCACAUGUCAUCACUGUGAAGGCCGGGGAGGAUGUUUCGUCGAAAAUAAUGUCCUUUUCUCAGAAUGGUCCGAGGGCAGUCUGCAUUCUGUCGGCCAAUGGGGCCAUAUCUAAUGUUACCCUCCGCCAACCUUCCAUAUCUGGUGGCACCGUUACUUACGAGGGACGAUAUGAGAUACUUUCACUUUCGGGGUCAUUUAUGCUAUCAGAGAGCGGGGGACAUCGUAGCAGAACUGGGGGGUUGAGCGUGUCCUUGUCUGGAGCUGAUGGUCGUGUCUUAGGCGGUGGGGUGGCCGGUCUUCUAACAGCUGCCUCUCCUGUUCAGGUGGUCGUGGGGAGUUUCAUGUCAGAUAGCCGAAAGGAAUCUAAGUCACCAAAGCAGGCAGACCCCUUCUCGGGCACGACAAUGCUCGGCCAUAGUGGCGGCUUUGCUGGAGGCAGCAGCCCAUCUCACGGGACACUAAGCGAAUCCUCGGGCGGGCCCGGGAGCCCACUCAACCAAAGCUCUGGCCCAUGCAAUAAUUCUAACCCGCAAAGACUCGAGAGCAUGCCAUGGAAGUGAGAAUCCCUCCAUUCCCACCUAUUAUGCUAAUCUGAUCGACCUGCAUCUAGGAAUCUGACCAUCUGAUGCUGCUGAUUAUCCCCUGCGCGAAAAAACCGACAUCUGUAGUUUAAGCCAGCUUAGUGUAUUACUAUCAGUAGAAUAAGGACUUACAGAGAGGGAUUUCUGCUUAUUUAUGCACAGGCUGUAGUGAUUGGUGAAGUUCACUUCGUGUCCUUCCAGUGUAAUGAGGUUUCAUAUCAUUUGUUUAUCAGGAAGUUGGUAUUUUUCUAUGUUGGUCAUGUAAUAGGAUUUGUGUUCUACACUUCUCUCUUUAAUGAUUAUUGACAUUUCGACA